AUCACUGGUGCUGUGUAGUUUGUUUGGCAACAUCAGAAAGGCUUCGUCUGUCUGCUGCUGUCAAAUGUCAUCGGUGGCCCCCCAAGAGGCAAGUGGAUGUUCUCUUGGUUAUCUUUUGUGAAUCGAGGCGACAGCAACACAAUGUGGGACUCCCUUCUAACAGCGGGAGCUGUUGUAAACCGAGAAGGGCUCGGAAGCGAAUCGGAAACCAUGGCAGAAUUAGCUGCUCUCCUGAAGACAGACAUUCCAGAAGGCCGGAACAAUUUGGCUGACAGUCACACAAACUUAGAACGUGUGGCUGAGUAUUGCGAAAAUAAUUAUUUCCAGCAGGCAGAUGAGAAGCGGAUGGCCCUGGAGGAGACCAAAAACUACACAACUCAAUCCUUGGCAUCAGUGGCCUACCAAAUUAAUACCUUGGCAUACAAUUUUCUACAGCUUCUAGAUUUGCAAACAGCACAGAUGGGUGAAAUGGAAAGUCAGAUGAAUCAUAUAGCCCAGACAGUGAUGAUCCACAAAGAAAAAGUCGCUCGGCGUGAAAUUGGUGUGUUAACAGCCAAUAAAAGUACUAACCGAACAUACAAGAUUAUUGCCCCUGCUAAUCCAGAGAAACCUAUAAAAUAUGUUCGUAGAGCAAUUGAUUACAAUGCACUGGAUGAUAUUGGCCAUGGUGUCAGAACUCUCAGUGGCGGUAUGCGUGGAAAGCAGCGUGGAUCAAGUGCAGGAAGCCUUCAAGCAGCCAUGGGACCGCUCUCUGUCAAUGUUGGACCAAAUGUUGGCCCUGCACCUACUACGAAACCCCCAACACCGCCUCAGGCUGUUCGAGGAAUGGGAAUGGGCACAUUGAGCAAGGGUUCAAGGGAGUAUAGGACACCACCUGCUGUUGCACCUCCUCAGGUACCAAGUCACUAUGCCCCUAAUUAUCCACUGGGACAUCCAAGACGUGAUCGAGGUCCGGGUUACUCCUCUUUGCCUAUGCAUUCUAAUACACUUCCGCAUCAGCACCAUGGAAGCCAUCAUUCAAUGCAUGCUAACAGCCAAGCCCACAACACGGGUACUCUCAGCCAUCAUCCACAUCACCAAAAAUCAGAACAGCAGCAACAACAAAUUCAACAGCAAAUGCAACAUCUCCAUCAGAUACAACAACAGCAGCAGCAGGCACAGCAGCAGCAGCAACAACAACAGCAACAACUGCUGCAACAGCAGCAGCUUCAACAACAGCAACAGCAGCAACAACAACAGCAGCAGCAGCAACAACAACAACAGCCACCACCCCCACUCUUGGCUGUAGCUCACCAAGAACCUCCUCAUCCACCAAUGACCCUACCACAAGUGGGUCUGGUGCAUCCUAUUCCUCAGACACCUCCACCAAAUACACCACCAGCCACAUAUUCUUCAGAUCAUCAUAUGAGUAUGCCGCGACAACCCUUGAAAAGUGCACUGAAAAAUCCUCAAGGAGGACAACCCUUAAAAAGUGCUUUGAAAAAUUCGGGAGCCCCACCGUCUCCUCUGGUCUUGAACAACUCACUCAGCUCAGCAAUGCAAGCUGUGCCCAGUGGGAUGUUGGGUCAUCACACAUUGCCACACCAGCAUCAUGGCCAUCACAGCUCUCAUGGUGGGCAUUCCCAGCAUUAUCGCUUGGGUAGCCAGACACCACCACCACCGCCCCAGCCUGAGGAAGCAGAACACGCUCGAUUUGGGCAACCAAGAGGAAUGAUUGUCCCAGAGCAAAUCGAUUUGCCUGGAUGGGUGCCUAAAAACUACAUUGAAAAGGUUGUUGCCAUUUAUGAUUACUACGCUGAUAAGGAUGAUGAGCUCAGCUUUCAGGAGAGUGCUGUUAUUUAUGUACUCAAGAAGAAUGAUGAUGGUUGGUGGGAAGGAGUCAUGGAUGGUAUUACAGGCCUCUUCCCUGGGAAUUAUGUGGAGCCCUGUGUCUGAAUCUUUUCAGUUCUAGAGCUGACACAAAUCCUUACUACAACACUGCAGUGGGAAUGUUAUAGUCAAAUCCAAAUCUGGAAUACUGUUUUGUUAUUCUAAAAGUAAUUAUUUAUUUUAGCUAUUCACUCCGCAUUUAUUCUGUAUGUAAUCUAAAGCUGAAUGAAAGUGUGCCAUGAUUUUAUAUGUUUUACCUUCUGGCAUAUGUGAUGUUCAAUUCUACAUCAUGAAUUGAGAGUAACUAAAGGUUAUGGUAGGAACAAGAAUGGUUGCAUCAAAAGUGAAAAUAUUUAUUUGAAUGGAGUAUUCAUGGCCCUAUUUCUCUGUGGUGCAAAUGUGCACUUUCCUUUAAGUCUUGCAAGUUCUUUUGUUUAUUUAUUUUGAUGUUACACAAUCUAUCCUCUGUGUUUUCAUCAAUAAAUUUAUUGUUAGAUUAUUAUUGUUGAUCAAUUGACUUUUACUAUUAUUUGUGUGCCUUGAGUACUGAGUCUUCUAAACUGCCAUUCUGCAAUGAACUUUCUUUAUCAUUAACUUUGCUUGGAUCAUUAGGUAUAUUUUUAUUGUUAUUGCACUUUUACUACUCUCACUCUGUAAAGAGAGAUUUUUUUUUCCUAAAUAUAAAGAUAGGUUUUUGCUCAUAAUCAUGUCAGUAUGUCUGAAAGUAUUUUACAAAUCAUGGGUCUGUCAGUACUUUUUUGUAUUGUGAUGGAGUUCUUUAUGAAAAGAGCACUAUUUUUAUCUAUCAACUUAGGUCUGCCUGCUUUUUCAUAUGAAACUUUGGGUAGGCAGUCAUUUUACUGUGGUUUUACUAUUAACUCUACUUUAAACCUUGAUUUCUGUCAAAGUUUACUGUUGUCAGUAAUAUAUAAUGAUGCUGAGGUAGAAAUUCAAUAUGGACUUAGAGAAUGUUUCCAAAAUUUGAUAAACAACUUUACACAUGUAUUCUUAGAUGUCCUUUCUGCUCAUAACUUACCAUGAUGAGGUCUUCCAGUCUGUUUUAAAUGCAUUUAUCAACAGUUGUGUGUCCUUCCCGUCCAUACAUUCCAAAAUAAUGUAAACAUGUUUUGCAAAUAUUCAUUUACUUUAUUCACAUAUUGUGCGUCUUUACAACUAAUCUUCUAUAAUUAUUGAAAUCUAUGUUAUAAAAAGGGGAAGAAACAGAUAAGUGAUUUGAAUAGUUGCCAUCUCCUCACAACAUGGAAGAAAAUUGGUAGAAAAUUAUUACUGUGCUCAAAUCAAAAACCUAGCCUAAACAUAAGUGAUGAACCUUUGUAUUGAUUCUCUGAUGAAUGUAGAUUUGCUAUGAUUUCAUUAGAACCUUUAUUGCUGACUGAUGAAGCAAAUGUAAAGAAAUAAUAAAUUGAGCAAUUACUUCAAUCCA